AUGAACCUAUUUUAUUUCUCUGCUCUAUUCCUGCUUUUUAUGCACGUUUGUAGGGCAGCGUGGCUCUGGGACAUCGGGGAGUCCCUGCGAGCCCCUCGCGCCGGCCUUGCUCGCAUUAGUGGGUGCGUGAGACUCCCAGCUGUCCAGGCCACAGGGGUAUCCCUUGCUGCGUACAGCUUGUACACGGCAUAUAUCAAGACCAACUCCAAGACAACCUCCCUCGUUAUUCACUACCCCAGGUCUCUGCUCGGCAGCCCAAACUUUCGGCCAGGUGCCAAAGCGACAGCCCGGGUGUACCGGUGCAGGACCAGUUCUGUUGGUGGCAUCAGGCACAGGACGUGCCGCAGCCUGAAGACGCCGCGCCUGGCUCUGGUCCCAGCCCACAUGGGCUCGGGAACAGACCUCAGCACGUUCGUCCGCUGGAAGCCCAAUCCUGCUAUACUAAAAAUGGAGGACUCUUUCUUUGCUAUUGAUGAGUACCGCGGAAACAUCACUAGACCGACCCUGACACUAGCAGUCAUAGAUGCUGAGCACCAAGCACGAGUCAAGGUCACUGCCGCCUAUCUCACCGAGUUAUUUUCAAGGCACCAGGCUGCAGUCAAGGUCACCGCCGUUCAUCUCGCUGGGCUGUUCGCACUUAUCUACCUCCUUCUGUUGAUCUCAUGGGUUUGGUUUGUUGGCCAAGCAAUGGCGUGCAACCCGGUGGAAUUCGUUGAGGUCGCAGUGCAGACUCAGAUGGAGACCACCGAGGUCAGCUGCCAGGCUUUGGCAGAGACCACUGGGAUUGGCAGCCAAGCUUCGACAGUGACCAUCGAAACCGCCACGCAGACUCAGAUGGUUGGAACUGAGGCCUCAACGCAGACCGUGGUGGUUUGCCCUGAGACAGUUGAGGUUGGCACCCAGACCGACGAACUCAGCCUUGGCGGCGAUGACGGGGGCAAUAGCAACGGUUGUAGUGAUAGCAGUGAUAUCGUCAAUGAUGGCAGUGGAAGCGACUCAGAGGAAUCGGUUGUCUUCAUCCCUCCUGCCCACUGGGACGAAAUCCCUGGCACAGAUGAUCUUUCUGGCCACCCGCAGCCGAGCACCAGCGGCAGCAACAGCAGCAAGACCAGCAACGGUCGCCGCCGCCGUGGAUGUCGAGGUGGACGUAGACGUGGACGAGGCAGCAGCACCAGCAGCAGCACCAUCACUUGUGGUACCAGCAACAGCAGUGCCUUUACUUUCAGAAGCAGCCCUUUCACUUUCAGCACCAGCGCCUUUACUGGCAGCGGCAGUAGCAGCGCCCUCACUGGCAGCAGCAACAGCAGUGCUAUCCCUACCACAACUAGCAGCAGUGACACCAUGGUCGAGAACAGCAGCAACGAUAACAGCAGCAAUGACAACAACAGCAAUGACAACAAUUGCCGCCCCCGCCGCCGCCGCUGCCGCCGUGGGACACGUGCCGGGCGCGGACGCCGUACGCUCUAUCCGGAUAAUCCUGGACAUGUGCGGCCGGGAAGCAGCCCUGGCCGCGGAAAGCACUUCCGGCCAAAUGCUGCGCCAGACACUGACUGGCGCAGCAGCCACAAGUAA